AUACCUUUUAUGUGGGAGCAAAUUGUCGAUCUGACUUACAAGCCGAAAUUUGAGAUUGUCCAACCUGAAGAAGCUACACGGAUAGCUGAGCGGCACUUUUUGGACCUAAGGAAAAAAUAUGGAUCAGUUUUGGCAGUUGAUCUUGUUAAUAAGCAUGGUGGCGAGGGGCGCUUAAGCGAGAAGUAUGCUAGUGUUAUGCAACACAUAACUGGGGAUGAUAUAAGAUAUCUGCACUUCGAUUUCCAUAAAAUCUGUGGGCAUAUUCAUUUUGAGCGCUUAUCAAUUCUGUAUGAGCAGAUCGAGGGGUUUCUCGAACAAAAUGGGUACUUUCUGUUGAAUGAAAAGGGUGAUAAAAUGAAGGAGCAGCUUGGUGUUGUCCGAUCAAACUGCAUAGACUGCUUAGACCGUACAAAUGUCACCCAGAGCAUGAUAGGUCGAAAGAUGCUAGAACUUCAACUCAAAAGGAUCGGUGUUUUUGGUGCUGAAGAAACCAUAAGCUCACAUCUGAAUUUUGAUGAACGCUAUAAAAUAUUGUGGGCUAAUCAUGGUGAUGAAAUCAGCAUUCAGUACUCUGGUACUCCUGCACUUAAAGGAGAUUUCGUCAGGUAUGGACAUCGGACUGCCCAUGGCGUCGUUAAAGAUGGCUGGAGCUCCCUUGUACGCUAUUACCUUAAUAACUUUGCUGAUGGAACUAAGCAGGAUGCGAUUGAUCUCCUGCAAGGGCACUAUAUAGUUGCUGUGAGCCGAGACAUGGCACCUGUGCCUCAAAAGGGAGGCCUUGAGGCUGUAGCAAACUUCCCAGUAGCAUUGUUCGUGGUUCUGAUCAGUUUCUGGUUUGCAACAAUGUCUCUGAAACAAACUGGGAGUGAUUAUAAGCAUAAGCACUUGUUCUUCUCAUUGCUGUGGACGGGGAUUUGUGUGGGCGUAGCUGCACUAGUGAGGGCCAAUGGUCGGAUCUUCUGCAACCGGCCUCGUCUGCACAAGCCCAGAUCCUGAUUUAUUUAAUUUACUGGGGUGACCAUUGUGAUCACAUGGAGCUCAAGUCAGAGCCAAAAGUUUUCUCUGUUUGUUAUUUCAUUGUAUCAAAUUACGUUGGACCUUGGGACGCCAGCUAGAGGCAAUUGUCUCAGGUGGAUAUCCCUUGAGAUUUCAAACUCCCACAACCAUCAAUUACUCGAUACAAUUACACAUGCUUCUUCAUAUUCAUUCUUUC